AGGAAGUUGAAUAUGAUAUGGGUCUUUUAAGCUUGCAAAGCAAGGCACCAAGGCAGCAGAUUUUGACGCCACACUGUGGCUGCACCAAAGAUCCCCGCAUCGACUCAUAGUUCACACCUUGACUCCGACUUAUUCUUCCUCGAUUCAGUCUCGGCGCACAGCAUCUGAUUCCUCCAGUAUCGCAAUCGGGCGCAAUCACGAUUAUGCCAGGUACUCGUGGCCCCGUACCGGUGGCAUCGAAUAGCGGCACCCGCGAUCUGGCCCUUGAAGUUCUCGAGCAGCUCGACCAAAACCCCUCCCUGAAGACAGAUGAAGCCUUUCCCGAUGUCUCGCAACCAGAAAUAAAAGCCACCCUGGAUCGCUUGAGUUCUCGGUAUAUGAUAAAAUAUGAGACCAACGACACCGAGCAAGUCAUACUCACCGAAGAGGGUACUAUGAUUGCAAGAGAAGGGAGUCACGAGUACAAAGUCUGGGACGCUGUCAAGAAACAAGGACAAAUUGAGAUAAAGCAACUGCCAAGUAUAGUAGGGGAUCUCACUGCGAAAGUAGGACAAGGCAAUGCUUUCAAAGCGAGAUGGGUCAAAAAGGACGGUAACAACCUCGUACCAGUCGCCGACACCGUACAGGAUAUAGCCCAGCAGAAGCUAGCAAAGAUACAGGAGACAAAGACUGUGGAAGAUCCAAAAGAGCUGAAAGAGCUUCAGAAGCGCAAGCUAGUCAGCAUUGUCAAGAUCAUAACGUAUACUGUAAAUAAGGGCCCCAAGUAUGCGAAGGAAAUUCCCGUCGAAGUAACAGACUUGACGGCCGAUAUGCUGGCUAGUGGUGCAUGGGAGACCGCCAACUUCAAACCAUACAAUUUUAACGCCCAAGGAGCUUCACAGAAUGCCGGCGCGCUUCAUCCCCUAAACAAGGUCCGAACUGAGUUCCGGAAUCUCUUCUUCAACCAGGGCUUCGUAGAAAUGCCUACAGAUAAAUUCGUGGAGUCGGGUUUCUGGAAUUUUGACGCCCUCUUCGUGCCUCAACAACAUCCCGCCCGCGACAUGCAAGAUACCUUCUUCAUCUCAGACCCUCCCAAAGCCGACCGACCGCGUGAAGAUCCAUCUGCUGAGAAGGCAAUGAAUGAAAUGGAAGCAGGUGCACGGAAGCUAUAUGCGACAAAAGAGCAAUCGACAAUAAAGCCACGCGAUUACAAUCAAUACUUCAACGACAUAAAGGCCGUACACCAGGAAGGAAAGUUCGGCUCAAUAGGAUAUCGGUAUGAUUGGUCGGAAGACGAAUGCUUGAAAUUGGUCCUCCGUACGCACACAACCGCAUCAUCGACAUGGGCAUUGCAUCGUCUUGCAGAAAAUCCCCGGCCUGCUCGCUAUUUCUCAAUAGACCGAGUCUUCCGCAACGAAACUGUCGAUGCUACCCAUCUCGCUGAAUUCCACCAAAUAGAAGGCGUAAUUGCAGACUUUGGCCUGACGCUUGGUGGCUUGAUGCGCUUCCUAGAGGACUUUUACUCGAAACUCGGCAUCGAGAAUCUUCGCUUCAAGCCCGCGUAUAACCCUUACACUGAGCCUAGCAUGGAGAUUUUCGGAUAUCAUAUUGGCCUUGCCAAGUGGGUAGAGAUCGGCAAUAGCGGUAUGUUCCGACCUGAGAUGCUAGAGCCCAUGGGCCUGCCAAAGGACAUGCGAGUGUACGGAUUCGGUCUUAGUUUGGAGCGGCCGACAAUGAUUAAGUAUGGCGUGAACAAUAUUCGGGAGCUGCUGGGGCAUAAAGUUGACUUGAACUUUAUCGAGAACAAUGAAGCAGUAAGGUUAGACAAAAACUAGGGGGGGGGGGGCGAGUCACGGCGCCAUAGCCCAUAUACUUGGUAUUUAUUCCAAUCCAAAACAACCAAAUCAUAGAGGACCC